CAGAAAAAUAUGGGGUUGAGAACUAAAUGAUGCGGUUUUUCGCACCUGCUCACCUGUCGGUAGGCUCGACAAGCUCCAGGACCCUGUUUCUCCUCUGCCGCUUCAGACAUGCGCUUCAGCCUUUGAUCGGUGUGCGUGCAUCUUGGAUUUAGUACAUCCAGUGUGUCACCUGCUGGCAGAGUCCGUGGAACCUGAAGACAAUAGCACACCCCUGAAAUAUGAUCCAUUUCUAAAACAACACACUGCACAGCUUGGCUUACUUACCUCGAGCCAAUGAGACGGAUUCAAACAUUCAUUGCUAUGGUUCUCCUCGUUACUUUAGUUCUGAUCUUUUUCUACUCAACCCUUCACCUUGAGAUGACCUACAGUCACAGGGCUGGACCAGAGGACGUCCCGAGGCGUCCCGGCCUCCAAGCCAAGGACCAUAAUGUGAAAAGACAAACCCCCAAGCAGGAAAGCUUCACCACGCUUCACCCUGAUGUCCACAACGUGUCUGUUUCCGACAGCCUCAGACAGACAAUCUCUCAGAAUGGAGCGUACUGGAACCGUCUGCUGCACUCGGCCCUCAGGAACCUGGACAAGGGACAAAAUCCUUCCAAGCAUGACUCUGAUUGGUCUCGUUGCAGGGAGACAAAUCCAGAGCUUCUACAAACCAAUGUGCAUGACUUCACCUCUUAUCCUGUCUUAUUCCAGGACUUUUUGCAAGGCAUGAACUGCAGGUCCCCUCCAGUCCUGAUCAAUCAACCCAACAAGUGCAUGUCUGGUGAGAGGAAAGGAGACAACCAAACCUUCCUGCUUUUUGCCAUCAAGUCAAAUCCUGGAAACUUUGAGCGGAGACAGGCAGUGCGCGAGACCUGGGGGCGAGAGGGGACCUAUCAGAGUGGACUGAGAGUACACACAGUGUUUCUCCUGGGUAGCCCUCCGCUGGAUGACCCUGACCUCAGCCCACUGCUGUCAUUUGAAGCAAGACACUUUGGAGACAUCCUGCAGUGGGAUUUUCAUGAAUCCCUCUUGAACCUGACACUCAAAAUGAACAUGCUCCUCCAGUGGACACUGAAAUACUGUCCUCGUGUCUCCUUCAUCUUUAGUGGGGAUGAUGACGUAUUUGUCAACUCACUAGCAUUACUCAGCUACCUGCAGUCUCUGGAGCCCUCAAAGGCCUCUCAGUUGUAUGUUGGACAUGUCAUAAGCACAGCAAGUCCCCUCAGGGACCCUAAAAGCAAAUACUACAUUCCUCUGAGCUUUUAUGACAGCCCAUACCCGGCUUAUGCUGGUGGAGGGGGUUUUCUUAUCUCUGGAGCGUUGCUGCAGCCCCUAUAUUCAAUUUCACACGUCAUACCUUUCUUUCCCAUAGACGAUGUCUACACUGGGAUGUGCUUAAAGGCUGUAGGCGUUUCUCCUGAGGCACACGCGGGCUUUCAGACCUUUGAUGUCAAGGAGCAGGAUCGUGAGAAUCUGUGCGUACAUAAAGAUCUUAUUCUGAUUCACCAGCGCUCCCCGCAGCAGAUGAAGAAGCUGUGGAAGGGCAUUCACAGCCCCUUGUUGACUUGUUGAUCAGGACCGGUGAGCAAAAGAUGCAGCGAUGAGAGAGUAAACACCGACUGCACUGGCAUACAGAAGCCGUGGCUCAUCUGCUUUUAAUAUUGUCCCUUCCGCUUUUUACUGUUUCUAGAUGAUGCAGCAGGAGGAAUUGUAAUUGAGGGUUUUAUUGUCUACUGUUGACAUCUUGCAUGGACUCAGACUUUGCUGGAAAGCAGAUGUGUCAUUA